AUGGCCCCGGAACGGUCGGGAGAGAAGUCGAUUGUAUUCUACGACAUCGCUUCUGCCCCACCAAAAAGGACAUAUGCCCCAAACCCGUGGAAGGCAAGACUUGCCCUCAACUUCAAAUCUGCCUCCUACAGCACGGCUUGGGUUGAGUUGCCGGAUGUGGCAUCGACCCGCACGGCACUUGGUGUCCCUCCAAGUCGCAAAUUCCCCGAUGGCAGCGAUUUCCACACCCUGCCUCUUCUCCACGACAAGAUGACGAACCAGUAUGUCGGCGACUCCUUUGAUAUCGCACUGUACCUGGACGACAAGUAUCCCGACGGGCCUCGGCUGAUUGCCCAAGGCAUGGCCGGCGUGACCAAGGCCUGGAACGAUCGGAUCGACCAACUCUUUACGCGUUUUGUCAAGCUUUGUGUCGACGGCAUGCCGCUCAACCCUGAUAAUGCCGACAUCUGUCGCCAAACCUUUGCGAGCAGGGGUCGAUUGAUGGGUUGGGAUGGCGACUGGACGGUAAAGGGUGACGAAAGAGGAGACAUGUUGGCCGAGUUUCAGGCGGCACUUGGCGAAUUGGAGAUUUACUAUUCUUAUACAAUUGACAUGCAGCGUCGCGCUGAAAGCAGUGGACCUUUCUUAUCUGGAGAACAACCCACAUACGCCGAUCUCAUUGUGGGCGGUUGGCUGGGCUACGUCCACGAGACACUGCCACCUGCCGAGCUUGCUGGAUUCCAGACCUGGCAUAACGGUCGGUGGGGAAGGAUUUGGCGGGCUCUGGCUAAGUACGCCGAUAGUACAAAGUAG